AGUUGUGAAUUUAUGUGAUUCAUUAAACAGUAUAUUUGUUGAUGUAAAAACAAUUCAGAAAAACAGUAUUUACAAAAAAUACAUGAAACAAAGUUAACAUUAAAAUCGUAAUUAUUAGCAAUGCCAAGGUUCAUAAUUUCGGAGGAUGCCUGAUGUGUGUGUUUCACGAAUCAUUUCAGUUUUUGUCGUGUUCUAAAAGUGUUAAUUUCAUAAUGCCAUUUGAUUUUCUGUGUUGUGUGAGACCUGGCGUCGAAGAUAUUGUGGAGUUAGAUUAUUCGCACCAUUCGCUAACGGAUGUGCCAUCGGAAGUGUUCGUGUAUGAAAGAACCCUAGAGACUCUGCUUUGCCAGAGUAAUCGAAUCACUGAACUACCCCGACAGCUUUUCAUGUGUCAUGGCUUGAAAUAUUUAGAUCUUAGUGACAAUGAGCUGCAAGCCAUUCCCACAGCUAUAUCAUCACUGGUAAAUCUGCAACAUUUGAAUAUCAGUAGAAACACUUUAGCAUCCAUACCAGAUAAUAUGAAAUCUUUAAAGAAUUUGAUAUUCUUAGAUCUUAGCGUUAAUCCUUUGGAGAAACUACCGGAUACAAUAACAAAUCUUCUAGCUUUACAAGACUUAUACUUAAAUGACACUUAUCUUGAAUAUCUUCCUGGAAACUUCGGACGUUUAUCAAAUUUACGUAUACUUGAACUACGCGAUAACUACCUGAUGAUUUUGCCUAAAUCACUUUCCCGUUCUACAGAACUUUUGAGAUUAGAUAUUGGACAAAAUGAGUUUCAACAGUUUCCUGAAGUUAUAGGAAGAUUUUUGAAAUUGAAAGAAUUAUGGAUUGACAGCAAUAGUUUCACGAGUAUAACUUCUGUAAUAAAACCUUUGGAGAACCUAAUACACUUGGAAGCAAGUAACAACAUGAUAGAAGAACUUGCUCCAGAAAUAGGGUACUGUACAAGCUUGCAAGAUCUGACCCUGUCAAUAAACAGUUUAACUCAACUUCCUGAUAGUAUUGGGCAGCUGAGUAAUUUAACAGCUUUAAAAUUGGAUAACAACCGUCUUUAUUCAAUACCAGAAAGUAUAGGUCAAUUAAAAAAUCUAGAAGAAUUAAUGUUGAUGUGUAACUAUAUAGAUAUGUUACCUUCUUCUAUUGGUUUAUUGAGAAAAUUAAAAUAUCUUAAUGUUGAUGAAAAUAUGUUAAGGGUGGUUCCACCAGAAAUUGGUAGCUGUACAAAAUUGUCUGUGCUGUCAUUACGUGCUAACAAACUAAUGAAAAUUCCACCUGAAAUUGGUCAUUUGACUUCUUUACGAGUUUUAAACUUGGUGCGUAAUUCAUUAAGUUACCUUCCUCAAUCUUUAUUGAAUUGUGAUAAUUUGGUAGCCCUCUGGCUCUCGGAAAAUCAAAGCAAACCUCUAGUGCCUAUGCAUUCUGAAGUAGAUCCUAAUACUUAUGAACAAGUCCUUACUUGUUUUCUUUUUCCUCAAGUGCCUUUAACUCCCAUUGAGAUUAAAUCUGAUAACCUAAAAGCAGAAAAUACAGAGGCACAAAGUGCACCACGUCAUAUUAGUUUUGUAGAUAUGAAACCUGUUGUUAAAGCUCCAGAAAAACCUGGACAGCUACGUAGAGCUCCUACACCUUAUCCAAAAGAAUUAAGGGCAAUGGCAAAACAUGCAAGAAACAUUCACAAAGAUGGUGCACAAGAUGUUUCCCCACCUAUGCAUAAUGCCCUUCAUAUUAAAGCAGCUAAAAUAACUCCAACCUUGCAACAGAGAUUUGCAUCAGACAAUAAAUUAGAGAAUGCUAGUGCUGAUGAAGACACUCCUGAUAAUGUCCAACAAGACCCAAUGAAAGUAUCUACUUAUGAUAAUUUACAAGCUGAAAAUGCAUAUGACAAACCAUUAGAUCUCACAUAUGAACAAGAAAAAACAUAUAAAAGUGUUGAUCAUGCCCUCUAUGUUGAAAGCAAUAGUGAAACAAAUGUAUAUAAAAGCGAUAAUAUGGAUUCUUGUGGGUUAGGACCGACACAGUAUAACUUGAAACAGAAUGAAAGAUAUUCGCCUAGGCAGGAUACAGCUAGGUCAUCAAUGCCAAUUAAUAAUUUUAGAGGUCAUGUAAUAGAGAAUAAAAAUUAUGUAAUACCAAAUGACCAUGGGUAUCGUAAUUGUUCUGAUGACACUUGUAACCAGUUACAGAGACUAAGUGUUACGUCUCAAGAUAGGCAUUCUAACGAUGAAAACAUUAUGUCACCUCAAUAUAGUGAAAAUUCCUAUAACAUUAGGUGUCGAGCUGAAAAUAUACCCUUUGAACCAGCAUAUCCUAGAAAAGAAAUGAUAUGCCAUACAGAAGGAAAGUAUCAUGGAAAUACAUAUGCUAGUGAAACUUAUGCAUGUGGGUCGGAAAAAAUGUAUGGACAGAGAAAAUUUGACGUGUUUAAUUAUCAUCCCCAUGGAGGUAGAGACAUUCCUAGUCCAAGAUUGCACACUGUAAGUCAAAUAGUGAGUUCAACAACAAUGCCGAAUUUGUGUAAUUAUAAUAACAUGUAUACUGCUUCUAAUGUUGAUACCAACCACUACACAUCUACAAUCCACCAAACGUCAUCCCCUAAUUGUAAUAUGUAUGAAAUGUCUGCAUCAAGUCCCACUUAUGUUGCCACACAGUCACCAGAGUUAUACUCACCAACUGGUCAUACUAAUGCCACAAACCCUUAUCGUAUGACAAACACACCACUUAUAUCAGAUGAUGGUAGUUUUUCUCAUAUACAAACACUUCCUAGUCAGAAUAUGUAUGAUUUGUAUGAUGCCAUGCCUGCUUCAUCUAAUCCUCCAAGUGUUGUAAGUCACAGGCACAGUCCAAGUGGCUUGUCAGAGACAGUAUAUAUAAGAGGACAGCCUCCCCCUUAUCACAUUGCAGCACCAUACACUAAACAUGCUCAAUAUUUCAAUGGUACCGGAGGAUAGUGGAACAUGUAGAGUGGAAUACUAGGUUUAUGUGAAAAUUUAAUGUUAUGAACUUUUCUAUGAACAUACAAUCUGACUUUAAUAUAUAUUAUUUGUCAUGUUGGCAACAGUUUUCUGGAUGUGCAAUUUAAAUGUGAUAUAAUGUUGAAGUUUAAGAUAAUUUUAAGGUGCUAAAAAUGGAUCAUGUUGGAAAGUUAUCCAGAUGGAUGUUUAAAAGAGGUUUAUGUUCAAAAGAAAAGGAUUUUAAAAAAUGCAAUAGAAAAAUUGUAGGUACUGUUAAGUACAAUGUGUAACAACUAUGUUGUUUCAUAUAGGUAUUGUUAUAUAAAUAUUUAAAUUACCUGUAUUUUAAUUAAA